CAGCCCGCUAGCCAGGAUGAUCAAGCUUUUCUCGCUGAAGCAGCAGAAGAAGGAGGAGGAAUCGGCCGGCGGCACCAAAGGCUCCAGCAAGAAAGCCUCCGCCGCGCAGCUCCGCAUCCAGAAAGAUAUUAAUGAACUGAAUUUGCCGAAAACAUGUGAAAUAGACUUUUCAGACCAAGACGAUCUCCUCAACUUCAAGUUAGUUAUCUCCCCUGAUGAGGGCUUCUAUAAAGGCGGGAAGUUUGUUUUCAGUUUUAAGGUGGGGCAAGGCUACCCUCAUGACCCACCCAAGGUGAAGUGUGAGACCAUGGUUUAUCAUCCCAACAUCGAUCUAGAAGGCAACGUCUGCCUAAAUAUCCUCAGAGAGGACUGGAAGCCUGUACUAACAAUAAACUCUAUAAUUUAUGGCCUGCAGUAUCUCUUCUUGGAGCCAAACCCUGAAGACCCCCUGAACAAAGAGGCUGCAGAAGUCCUCCAGAACAACAGACGCCUGUUCGAGCAGAACGUCCAGCGCUCGAUGCGGGGCGGCUACAUCGGCUCCACUUAUUUUGAGCGCUGCCUCAAAUAGAACUGACCGGCUCCAGGCCCAAACAUGCCCUCCCCCUGCCCCUUCAUUUCCCUUCCAGCUCUCCUAAGGGACUCUGCCAACACUGCUGCCUUCGGCCACCAAGGGGGCACAGGAGUCAGGAAUUGGCAGGGGCCCCCUUCCCGUCUUCUCCCCCCUC